CGGCGCGUGCGCGCGUUAUCUCGGGCCGACCCUAGUGGCCGGGUUCCCUCGGUUCCAGGCCCCCGCCCCCCGCCGCCUUCUCUCGGCCCCCAGCCAACCGGUCCCCUCCCUCUCCUCGCGGAAUGGGGCCGGUGCUACUUGGGGUCGCGCGCCAGGGACCCGGCUCGCGCUCGGUCUCGCGCUGUCAGCUACUGCCCGGCUCGCGCCGCCUCGCGCUCUCCCUCAGUCAGUGGCGCCGGAGGCUCCGUUAAGCGGCGACCGUGGUUCCUGUUUCCGUUUCUUCCUCUCCCUUCGGUCGGGAGUAGCAUCCUCCACCCAGCCACCCCUCCCACUCCCCCAUCGCUGGGCAGCUGCGGCUGAGGGUUGUGGCGGCGGCGACGCGAAACGGCGGAGACCCUUGCUCCCGCCUCGGUUUUUCGGCGGACACACAUCUUUGUUUGUAUGUGGUGCUGAGGAUCGAACCCGGGCUGCACGCAUGCCAGGUUUUAGGUGGACACAAUAUCUUUAUUUUACCUUUAUGUGGUGCUGAGGAUCAAACACAGUGCCUCGUGCAUGCUAGCUAAUAAUUUUUGUGACCCAGAUUUAAGCAAUAAUAUAUUCACCUGGAUUACCGUGGUUUCAUGAAUGUCUUCUCUUCUUGGGAAAGGAAGCAUGUAGAGUCCAUGAAGCACAGGACAGUAAAGCUUCCUACUCCUAUCACCACAAGGAUCUCUUUCAAAGAUUCACCACAGGACUACCAGAGAGACUAAUUUGAAGCAUCAUGUGUUGAAACAACAGAAGUCUUUUCACCUGUUCACUUACUAGAAACAGUUACAAUGUUUUCAAUUCUUUGAGCUCCAGGAAGCCAGGGAAGUGAGUUGAAAAUCUGAAAAUGCGGCCAUGGACUGGUUCCUGGCGUUGGAUUAUGCUCAUUCUUUUUGCCUGGGGAACCUUGCUAUUUUAUAUAGGUGGUCACCUGGUUCGAGAUAAUGACCACCCUGAUCACUCUAGCCGAGAACUAUCCAAGAUUCUGGCAAAGCUUGAACGCUUAAAACAGCAGAAUGAAGACUUGAGGCGAAUGGCUGAAUCUCUCCGGAUACCAGAAGGCCCCAUUGAUCAGGGACCAGCCACAGGAAGGGUACAUAUUUUAGAAGAGCAGCUUGUUAAAGCCAAAGAACAGAUUGAAAAUUAUAAGAAACAAACCAGAAAUGGUCUAGGAAAAGAUCAUGAAAUACUAAGAAGGAGAAUUGAAAAUGGAGCUAAAGAACUCUGGUUUUUUCUACAGAGUGAAUUAAAGAAAUUAAAAAAUUUAGAAGGAAAUGAACUCCAAAGACAUGCAGAUGAAUUUCUUUCCGAUUUAGGACAUCAUGAAAGGAUUCUGAUGGCAAUUACUGUCUCAUUAAUGAACAAUAAAAGAAAAAUUGGUAUAUUAGCACAGCGUACCACUGAGAAGAGGAAAAGGAUUACCCUAUACAAGUCUAUAAUGACAGAUCUAUACUACCUCAGUCAAACAGAUGGAGCAGGUGAUUGGCGGGAAAAAGAGGCCAAAGAUCUGACAGAGCUGGUCCAGCGGAGAAUAACCUAUCUCCAGAAUCCCAAGGACUGUAGCAAAGCCAAGAAACUGGUGUGUAACAUAAACAAAGGCUGUGGCUAUGGUUGUCAACUCCAUCAUGUGGUCUACUGCUUCAUGAUUGCCUAUGGCACCCAACGGACACUCAUCUUGGAAUCUCAGAAUUGGCGCUAUGCUACUGGUGGAUGGGAGACUGUGUUUAGACCUGUAAGUGAGACAUGCACAGACAGAUCUGGUGUCUCCACUGGACACUGGUCAGGUGAAGUGAAGGACAGAGUUGUUCAAGUGGUGGAGCUCCCCAUUGUAGACAGUCUUCAUCCGCGUCCUCCUUAUUUACCCUUGGCUGUACCAGAAGACCUUGCAGAUCGACUCGUAAGAGUCCAUGGUGAUCCUGCAGUGUGGUGGGUGUCUCAAUUUGUCAAAUAUUUGAUCCGCCCACAACCUUGGUUGGAAAAGGAAAUAGAAGAGGCCACCAAGAAGCUUGGCUUCAAACAUCCAGUUAUUGGAGUCCAUGUCAGACGCACAGACAAAGUGGGAACAGAAGCAGCCUUCCAUCCCAUUGAGGAGUACAUGGUGCAUGUUGAAGAACAUUUUCAGCUUCUCGCACGCAGAAUGCAAGUGGAUAAAAAAAGAGUAUAUUUGGCCACGGAUGAUCCUUCUUUAUUAAACGAGGCAAAAACAAAGUACCCCAAUUAUGAAUUUAUUAGUGAUAACUCUAUUUCUUGGUCAGCUGGACUGCACAAUCGAUAUACAGAAAAUUCACUUCGGGGUGUGAUCCUGGAUAUACAUUUUCUCUCCCAGGCAGACUUCCUAGUGUGUACUUUUUCAUCCCAGGUCUGUCGAGUUGCUUAUGAAAUCAUGCAAACACUGCAUCCUGAUGCCUCUGCAAACUUCCAUUCUUUAGAUGACAUCUACUAUUUUGGGGGCCAGAAUGCCCACAACCAGAUUGCCAUUUAUCCUCACCAACCUCGAACUGAAGAAGAAAUCCCCAUGGAACCUGGAGAUAUCAUUGGGGUGGCUGGAAAUCAUUGGGAUGGCUAUUCUAAAGGUGUCAACAGAAAACUGGGAAGAACAGGCCUCUAUCCCUCCUACAAAGUCCGAGAGAAAAUUGAAACCGUCAAAUACCCCACAUAUCCUGAGGCUGAAAAAUAAAGCUCAGGUGUAAGAGAUGAACAACCAAACUCAGUUCAAACCAUUUCAACCAAGCAGUAGAUGAAGAAGGCCCUGACCUAACAACAUUGGUUAAAUGGUAGAUACCAUUGGCACCAAGAGCAACUAGGAACUGACAAAUGCUUCAUUGGUGGAAUUCCUCUUUAACAAGGGCUGCAGUGCCCUCAAACCCAUGCACAGUACAAUAAUGUACUCACAUAUAACAUGCAAACAGAUUGUUUUCUACUUUACCCCUUCUAUAAAUAUUAUGUCCCCAUGAAACAAACACUGCCACAUUGUGUAAUUUAAGUGACACAGACAUUUUAUGUGAGACUUCAAACAUGGUGCCUAUAUCUGAGAGACCUGUGUGACUUACCAAGAAGACCUGAAUAGCUCCAUACUGUGGAGAAGUUUAUUCUUAGCCAGUGGUGGUGUUGUGACCACUGAAUUCACUCCAAUCAACAGAUUCAGAAUGAGAAUGGAUGUUUUUGUUUUGUUUUUUUUUCCUUUAUAAGGUUGUCUGGAUUUUUUUUUAAGUAAUUGCAUCAGUUCAUCCAAGUCAUCAUUAAUAAGUGAAGGAUACAUCAGAAAUUAAAUAUUCACUCUCCAUUAGGAACUUUUGUAAAACAAUGCCAUGAACAAAUUCUUUAGUACGCAAUGUCUCUGGACAUUCUCUUUGAUAACAAAAAAUAAAUUUUAAAAAAGAA